AUGUCCAACUCGCCUACGCCGGCGUCGUGCCCUGGCGCGCAGAGAGGCUACGUCGUCCGCCUCGUGUGUCCCCACGAACUCGAUGACGGCGCCUGGGACGGACCCAUCUACGUGCGGCUGCAGGAGCCGCGCUGUCUCCAACCAGGGGACAGCAUUGAUCUUCUACCCGCGCGAGUUCGACACCUCGCCCCCGCGAACCUGAACGACCUGGCAUCCACGGCAGUUGUCAUCCCCUCCUCGCGGCUUACGCGCCCCGCCGAGGACUUGAGCUCCGAGCUCCGAGACCGUCCGCUGCUCCUGCUGUUCCGGUUCGUGCGCUUCGCUUCCUGCUACAUGGCCCCCAGCACCGACUCUCCGCGCUAUCACUACGUUGAAGUCAACCUGGAGGCCCAUCGCGUGGGCCAAGUGGUCGCGUAUCGACUGACGGCGGGGCUCCACUUCAGCUCUCCCACGGGGGAAUCCCUGCAACUCGCGUGUGCUUACGUCUGUGGGGUGGCUAUAUGCCACGAAGCCACCGACCCGGCGGUCCACGUGCUGCUUCCCAGUGAUCAGGCGUGGUCGUCGCGCAUCACUCGAGACGAGUUCGUCAUCGGCUGGUGCCACGGGUCACCAGCGAGCUCUCGACCAACGCGCCGACUUCGACGCUUCCGCGCUCGGUGGAAUGAGCUCGUUCUUCCUGGUGCAACGGAUGUGGAAUUACGACAAGUACUGCACGAGGCCUUUGUCCCUCCCGGUUCUGACUCACGUGUGGACUUUGGAACCGAGCCGAUCCGCAUCGUCACGGAGUUCGGCCGUGUCAUCGUGGUUAAUCCCCUUCUGUAUGCUCGUACGUGGGUCGGUCCCUCUCGCGCGUCACCGCGGCUCGACGCGGACUUCGACACGGAUGACGAAUCGCCAUCCGAGGUGCUGGCAGUCGGCUUAUCCCAGGGACGGCCGCUACCGCGAGAUAUACCAGCCAUUGCCCGAUCCACUGAGCUCGCGGAUCCCGGGUUCGUGCACGGUAUCCACCCCACGAGUCCAUGA